AAAAAAAAAUGGAUGCUAAUAAACUAUUACAAAAAUUAUCUCAAAAUUUACUUGAAAUUUUGAAUGAUGACGAAUAUUGUGAUAUUAGGUUGGAGAUGACCCUUACGUAAAAAUAUUCCGGGCUCAUAUGAACAUUUUAAACUAUCGUUCUUCUUAUCUACGAAGAAUUUUAUCAACUAUUGAAAGGAGAAAUGAUGGAACUUUGAUACAAAUUAAAUUACCAAAUAUUUUACCAGAAAUUUUUCAAAUAAUAUUAAGGUAUAUUUAUGGGGGAAGAUUACCUUUGGAAGAAUAUGAUGCUUUAGAUAUCAUCAAAAUUUUGGUUGCCGCCAGUGAAUUAAGUCUUCAGGAAUUGGUCGAUUAUAUACAAUCCUUUUUGACCAAAAAUAAAGCGGAUUGGAUGGAACAGAAUUUUAAUUUGAUAUAUCAAACAAGUUAUGAAAAAGAUUCAUUCUUGGAACUUCAAAAAUAUUGUACUAAUUUAAUAUCUAACAAUCCAAAUAAGAUAUUUAACUCUUUAGAUUUUUCUACAUCUCCUGAAAAACUUUUGAUUUCAAUCAUUCAAAAUGAUAAUCUUCAAAUGACUGAAAUUCAAGUAUGGGAGAAUGUUCUUAAAUGGGGCUUUGCACAAAAUCCUGAUUUUCCUUCAGAUCCU